UCAGUAUGGAUGGAAAUAUAUGUGCAUUGUGUGGCUUGAGAUAGCUCGAUAAAGUUACACAAAUUAUUCGUAUUCCAGUUUUGUAUUUUGGUCCAAUCCCGUCCGACUGGCGUGCUAAGUUUUAAUCGUCUUCGAAGUUUAAAUCAGCAAUCAAGGAUUUUGUUGUUUUGGAGGAAUUGAUUCAGUUUUUAAAGACGAUUGACAGUUGCAAUAUAAGAUUACCGUAGUUAGUGAAGAGCCAACAGUUUUAUGUGCAGUGUUUUGCAUUCACAUACAAAAAAAAAACUAGUCAGACACGAGAAAUGUUCGUGUCAGAGUUAUGUUGAUAAUAUACGAAACCAGAAGUGUGUGUUGAAGAAUGACGAAAGGUUUAUCCUGUUUCGUUUACCACCACGGGAUGUCACUUGCAAAUCGGUUGCACAAAACAACUGCAGUUGCCGAACGGGUUAUCAAAUUAUCAUUUUUCGAAGUGUAGACUGCUUGCUAGUCGGCUGAGCAACACUGGAAGCAGCGAGAAAUGAAUAAUAAUUGAACAAUAAAAAAUGGUGGAUCAGAGAAAACGAAAAUAUACUACCGGAGCAGAGCUAAAAGAAGUAUUUAUAUAUUGAGAAGAAAUGUUACCUUUAAACAGACGUUCGCUCGGGCGUGUACGGUUUUUUUUUAUUUGUGUACGAGGCAUCUAUUUCUUUUAUUAAUGUAAACAAGUAAAUGUUGAGACAUAUAUUCAACGAGAACACUGUAAAGUGUUGUGGAUAGAUUUACAAACCCGAGGAGGAGUACUCAGUAGAACUAUAUAAGACAAAUUAGAGAAAUUGUUCUGUACACUAUGGUAGGUUAUAAUUAUACAGAAUAUGUGGUGAAAGGUAAAAAGUUUCAAUCUUAGUGCAACUUCAGUGUAGAAUCGGCACACUGUAAACGUAUUUGUUUCCGUGCCGUAGUGAGACAAACGUACAUAUAUGCACACACCGAAUUAGUGGCCGGCCCGAGUGAGAUUGCGUGAGGUGUUAGUAUUGCAAAGAAACAACAGUUGUUAGUAAAUUUUGUUUGAAAAUUGCGGAAAAGAACACUUAAACGAGCAAAAUUUAGCUCUAUUAAAGGUUAGCAUUGGGUUGCAGUCAAGCCGAAUGCCGAAGAUGAAAGUUAAUAAAAUUGAAAUUUGUGUAAUUAAACUUAAGUACAUGGAUGAAUCGGUAAAAUGAGCUGUGCUCGUUGCCUUCCACUCGUUAGUGUCAAACGAUCAAUGUCUGACGAACAGUUUCCAAAAAUUGUAUACAUAGAAAAUAAAACUAAUCCGUCAGACAGGCAGUAUGGUUGAUUUAGCUCAUUAGUACGAGACAGUGAAAAUCGAAAAUGACUAGUUUGCAUGUAGAUUUCAAAUUGAACGACAACCAAAAGUACGUAGACCAUUCUACGAGCAUUCCUACUGAACGCGCAAUAUUUAUCACUAAACGCCAAUUCGGCACACAGCACCGCGAUAAAUCAGUUCAAUAGCCGAGUUUCGAAAACUGUUCAUUAUUGGUACGAACAGCGCACGGUCAAGUGAGUCGGAAGAAGGAAAGAAACCAAACUUAGAAAAGUUUUUAGAUCCGUGUCAACUUGAUUCACACGUAAUGUUGGAGAGGAAUAGUGGGAAUGAUUCGUGUGCAAGUGAUGUAAUAAUAUAUGCGGGCGCAAAGCUAGAAAAAAGUGCCGGAUUCGUUGUUGCUGAAUGAGCUAUUAAUGUGCCGAGAAGAAAAAAGGUGAAACCGAAAGAAAUCACGGCGAAGAAACAGCCAAUAAUUCACAAAGAAACAGCGAACAGCAGAAAAAGUAAAACGAAUCUAUCGAAUCAAUGAAACUAGUGCGCUGCGGAUGGAUAAAAUGAGCCGAGCGAUAAUCCAUUUUGCAAGAAGUAACCACUUUUGCAGCAAAUUUCCGACGUCUAUCGACAGAAUGUACCAUCACGCAAACAGUACAAUGAGCACACCGACCAGUGGAUUUUUCAAGUUCCUAGCACGAUUCUCAGGGAGGAGACGGAUAAGUUAUCGAUUACGAAGGCUAUCCACCCUGUUUUUUCCCUACGUUGCAAUUUUUCUAAUAUUAAGUACAGUAUGCAGAAUAACAGAUGCGUGUUCGAGUCGGACAACGCCUAAACCUCGUCCACCUAGUCCGACUGCUAGACCAAAUAUUACAUUCCAUACCUAUAAGUGUCCGCCGGCGUAUGCGGCUUGGUACUGUCUCAAUGAAGCUACUUGCUUUACUGUUAAGAUAGGUGAUUCGUUGUUGUAUAAUUGCGAGUGUGCGGACGGUUAUAUGGGUCCUAGGUGUGAAUACAAAGAUCUAGACGGAUCGUAUCUACCAACCCGACCUCGUGUGAUGCUAGAGACUGCAAGUAUAGCGAGCGGUGCCAUUGUCGCAGUGGUCCUGGCAACAAUAGUUUGCUGUUACAUAUGUGUGCACAAGCACCAGCAGAAAAAAAGACUGGAAAACGCAAACGGUGGCAUCGACACCGUGGACGGAUUGCGAAUUGUGCGGAGUGAUCCCCCUAAGCGGCCAUUCGGUUCUCAUCACCUUCGGACGAUACCGAUGAGCGAAACGCUUAAUCGAUAAAUACCGGCCAUUAGAGGAUAAAAGAUUGAAAAGACAAAUUGCCUUGUAGCGAGCAGGAUACUCUGAACAAAGCCUUGUUACUACAGUUCUCGUAGGAAAGCCUGUUUGUCGAAACUGUAGAUGCGGCAUUCCAGUGUAACCAAAACCAUAACUGCCAACAUCUUGUACGCAAGAACGCGAGAAUAGUACGUACAAUGUAGCUAGGACGAGGACAAUCUACAAUAACAACUGAGACAGAUAAAUAUCGAUGAAUGGAUUCAAGGUUUCUCUAUAUAUAAAAAUAACAUCUCGUUUCAUUGGCUCUCAUUAAAAAUGUAUCUUAUCCUUCAUUUAAACUUGGUGUUAUUUAUAGCAUUUUUACGUACGAGUACGAAAAAUUACACAUUCAGUAAUAGCACUCAAGAAAAGUUGGAUUGAAAGAUUCUCGAGCGGACCGCAUUCAAACUCCUCAUUCCUAGCUACGGUAUCGCGCUAUCACAAUGUGCCACCAGAAGCCCAAAACGCACAGAAAAGUUCUGCAUAGAUCGUAUGGUGUUCGUGAAUUGUAGUUUAAGAAACAGAAAAACGGUUACUUUCAUACUUGUGCGUUGUGUUACUGAUAUUAACAACAGGUGCCUAGGUAAUAGAAGAUUUGUGAUUCAGAGAAUGUAGGAAAGCAUACAUCUAAAUCAAAAUGGAAUACGGUCUUUUGAACGUUGACCUGCAUUAAGUUUAUAGAAACUUUUUAACAGUGACGAAAUGCAGAACUGAAUUGCCGCCUAACGUAACGAUUUCUGGUUCAUUGUAUAAGCUUAGAAAAGUACGAGUUCAUCAGCGGUUUACCGUCCUCAACUAUUUUAUUUUUGGCCAAAUAACAAAAACGUUUCGUGAUAACUUUAUUUGUAAUUAUCGAAGUAGGUUUAAAUUUUUAUCUCCUGUAGAACGCGCCACAAGUUUUAAUUUUUACAUCAGCUGAGACGGUUAGAUCGAAUUUUAACUAGGUUUGGUAAUCAACUCCCGUUGCAGACCAAAAGAAAAAAAACACUUAUCUUGCCAAGUCAAAAGAGGAUCGCAAUAAAUUUUAACAUUUACAUUUACGUGCCAUCUUCUCAUUUCGAUUCGUUUCGCGCCAGCCUCUGCAGACGCGCUGAAAAUGCUGAGGCUAGUAGUGAAAUCACUGAGCAUAAUUUACCGAUCACGAUGACACCUAGCGUGUAAUAGCCACAAUUGCGGCAUCUUCAUCGAAUGAUGAUUGCGUGCAUUUAAGACGUUUCAAAACACUAGCGAAAAAGAAAGCUCACAAUAUUAUUGUAAACAACGCGUUUGCGGCACUGAUAAUUUCACAUUGAUGCCCCAUUCAGACUAAAGAAAUGUCGUAGCAAUUGAACUAAUUUAUUUGUAUAGAAAUGCCAAAACCAUAAAGAUUGUAAUAAUCUUUGCACUACUUUUACUGUUACGAUAACCUUUCCACCCUAGCUGCAGCUAUUAUUAUAAAGUUAAUUAUUUAAUUAUUUAUUUUAGAUACUGUAUUGUCUAGACAUGUUAUUUCAGUUGCUUGCAUUGGAAACGUUAAAAUGAAAAGUUGCUUUUCUUUUAGGAAACCAAACUAGAAAUUAAAAAAACGAUAAAGUCUGAACAUCACAGCAUGGGUCGAUUCUCAUGUUAUCGAAAACAGAGAAAAAAAAAACUGAUUCGGAAGCGAGCAGACUACAAAUGGGGAAGAAAAAUAUUACCUGUACAGUUUAUACUGCAAUAAUUAACAAUUACUGGAAAACAGUAGUAAGAUAUGGAAGAUGCUGAGCCCGAGAAGCAAACACAGAAGUGAAUAAUUUUUGUACAUCUUCUUAAACUAACGAAAGUGCUGAAAGAAGGGUGUGGGUUUGCAACGAAAAGCAUGAAUGGUGUAAAUAUGUUAUCGGAAAAAAGCUAUAAAAGGAUGCCGACACAUCGUCUAUGUAUGAAUUGUUUCGCCUUAGCUUAGACAGAUAUUUUAAAGAUAGGUAGAUAGAUACUUUUAUUUAAUUGCUUAUUUCCGACAAGUUCUGGUUUCAAUGAGUCGAAUGGUGAUUUGCCCCUUCCGAAUGGUUGGGAAAACUAAACAAUCGUAAUGCUGCGGGAUUUGAAUAUGUGUUACUUUCUUGCAAAUUUCUCCGGUGUCUUAUAUCGACAGUAUUCAUUAGGCUAUUCAAUACCUGAGCAAAUAUUUGCCAAUUCUAUGUUUUAAUGAACUUUUCAUCGGUUUUAUUGCAAAUGUUCACAUUCCUACCGCAGUUAAUGUUUUUUCUGACAUUCGUAAGACACCGGAACUUUUGAAGGCAGUGCAAUGUUUUUCCCGAAUCGAUGAAAUUUGUAUUAUAUUCAUUUGUAUAAAAGAGAACAUAUUAUCUUUUUUGUAUAUUUUCGAGCUUUAAAUAAAAUUAAUCAACAUUUUUGUUGGUCAUUAA